GGCUCUCUGUGUGCCAGUAGAUGCCAUGUCCAGACGAGAUGCAGCCGAAGCUCUCUCUCUGUCUCUCUGUGUCUGUGUCUCUGAGUCUCUCGGCCUCUCCCUUGUAGUUUCUUCACGUUCGCUUUACUGACGAGCAGCAGAGCACUUUGGAGCCAAAAGCAGUUCCCCAACUGCCCUGUCUUUGGCUACUUUGACCUGAACAUCAAGUAGAUUCUGAUGCCUGCCACUAAUCCCGUCCCUUGAAUGUUCGGUCUCGUAGGACGAAGAGUUGAUGGCCGUCUCUGCUGCUCGCUCCAUCGUUGUCUGAGCUAGAUUAGAUUAGAUUUAGGCUCGCUGGGUCUGAGUUGCUGGUGGUUCUCACGGGCUCCAGCUUUGCGGGCUAUGGUUGCUUGCUCAGAGUGCUUCUCUCGUUGGGUAGGGGCUGGGGGGAAGCUGCAGUGCACAGCGUUUGAAUGUCGACCAGGGAUCGAUUCCUUCACUUCACUUCCCCCGUCGCAGGCAGAGGUUCCAAGAGACAGCGAGAAAGUCGGCCAGGACCUUGGUCUGAAGCUAGAGCAGAGCACUCGAGCGUCUAGGACUCUAGCUCUGCCGAGCUUUGCGUGUGCCAGAGAAUGAAGUUAGAUUCGGGAAUCGGAGUCGAUGAUUGAGCCUACGCUCACUCUCCGACACGCGGGCAGGUCGGGCGCCCAGCCUCGCGAGACGAGGCCAGCAUCGAGAGCUGCCAGACGCCUUCCUCCCUGUUCAGCGGAAUUCCUUCCAUUCUCAAUGCGCAGAACGAUGGUAAGAGAGUCAGACUGUGAUUUUGCGCACCAGUUCUCGGAUGUCUCUCGGAUGGCACUGUCACGGCAAGUAAUGGAGCUCAGAUGCUUCACUCUCGGUGCAUUUGGUUGUGGUAGCUGGCAGGAUGAGUCUGCGCGCAGGGUUGCUGUGUAGAGUUUCAGCUGAGGAGCACAUUGAUCGAAUCGAGGUCAUGAGGAUUUUGGGCUCCAGGUCGAGGUCUCGGGAAGUUCUUCUGACGUAGAAGAGAUAUUUCUGCAGGAGUGUAGGAGCGCACAUUUCCGCCACGAUGCAUGUCGGAAAUCCUCAAUUUGUGCUGGUGGCAGUCACCACGGCUGUGAUUUUCCUGCUCCUCUAUCUAGUAACCGAAGACAGCACAAAAAUCGCCUCGCCCGAAAUUCCGGUCGAGUCAAUCUUCGACGAGGAAGCGCUCGAGAGGAAAGGGACAACAGGUUCAGGAGCUGCGAAGGAUCCGAGUCCAGCACCACUUCCACCCGUGCAGCUGGACCCCGAGGUAACGAAGCUGGUGAGAGCAAUCAAGGAGGCCACUCGGGUGGCCGCAGGAGGAGGAGGAGCGGAGCCGAGCUUCAGUGACGAUGAUAGGAAUGCAUGGAAUGCCGAGAACCCGUGCAGGAGCCGGAGGGAGCUGUUGCCCAAGUACGCCCGCAGAAAGCACGUGCAGGACGUGGAACGCAAUGGACAGUGGGACGAGGUUCUCAGGGAGUACUCGAGGCUGCACCGCACUUGCUUGCGAACGUCGGGCAAUCUCACGGACUACUUCAUGUCGAAGUCGACGAGCAAUGGAUGCAGAUUUCUCGUCGCGGAUGUGAUGCCUGGAGCAGGAUUGGGCAACAAAGUGCUCGUCGUUCUGUCCAACAUUCUGUACGCGAUUCUGACUCAGAGAGUCGUCCUCGUCCCGACGGCCACUCUGCUCCCCUUCGUCUUCUGCGAGCCGUUCGAGGGCUCGUCGUGGAGAGUGGACAACGCCACCGUCCCGUACCCGCCCCUGAGCCACCCGUCCCUCUGGCAGCUGCCGCAGUACUUCUACAAGGACUUCGACCGCCGGAUGAAGGAACCGGCCCGCAACCUCUCGGGAGCGACCGGCUCGCGACCUUACGCUUCGGCCGUGACUUACGACUCGGGGAAAGUGAAGGACCAGUGGCACCCCAGAGACCGGUUCUUCUGCAGCCAGGAGCAGGAGGAGUACCGGGAUGUCCCGUGGCUCUACAUGACCGGCUGCCUGUACACGCUGCCCAAUCUGUUCGCCGUGGGGUCGUUCCGCCCGACGCUGGAAGCCUUGUUUCCCGACCGGAUGGCGCUCACGCACCUGCUGCGGACGGUCAUGCUGCCUGGCGACACGGUGUGGGACCGCAGCAUUCGCAUCGACGACGCGUACUUGGCGCACGCCGAUCGGAGGGUGGGGAUCCAGGUCCGCUACAAGGACGGAACCCCGCACUACCGGAAGAUGAACGAGCUGUACAACGCCAGGAUCACGGAGUGCGCUCGGGCGAACGGCAUUCUUCCGAACGUCGACGUCUCCGUCGACGAGCGGACGGACGACUCUCACGUCGCGCAGGCGGCGCACCCGAAGCGCAGCGUCGUCACGGUGUUCAUCGCGUGCCUGUACACGGGGCUCCACGACCAUCUGACGAGGCUGUACCUGCGCCAUCCUUCGGCGGGCGGCGAGAGCGUCGCGCUCGUUCAGGUUACUCACGAGGACCGGCAGGAGUUCGGCGUGGAGGUCGACCGUCAGGCCCUGGCGGAGGUCGUGUGCCUGAGCUUCUCGGACGACCUCUUCGUCACGCCCAUCUCCACGUACGGCGGCCUGGCGCAGGCCUACGGGGCGCUGAAGCCCUGGUUCCUGGAGAUCCGGCCCCGCGCCAACCAGACCUGCACCCGCGGAGUGUCCGUGGACAUCUGCUACCAGGGCGGGCUCCAGAAGUACGCCUGCCCUUACGACGCAGCCGUCGACGGGCAGCCCAUUUCCGGCGUCGUGCCGUAUUUGCAGAAAUGCAUUCCUGAAGACUACGCUCGUGGCGGCGUGCAACUCAUCACAGCGCCGCUUUCGUGAUCGAGCUCCAUCUUCUCGUUGUACAUAAAAUUUUCUGAACUUUGGUCGGCUGCUGUUUCUCAUCGUGAGGCUUUCUCCACCCGUAAUUACCUUCGUGAAUUCGGGACGAGCCACUUUUUGGGUGGGGUGAGAUUGCUUUUGCUGAUUGUGAUUGGAGAGGCGAGUAUGUAUGCCUGCUAAGUCAUGGAGGGGAUUUUUUCUGGCUUCGGGCGUUUUUGGUUGAAUGCAAGUACACUGAGCUUAACAGCGGACCUCAAUUUAGGACCCCCGGGGACAGCUACGAUAAUUGUAGAAUUCACGAAUGGAAAAUCAGGUACUUACCAUAUUCUUGUCAACUUACGAACCGAUCGAGGCUACCCCGAGAUAGUUUUAGUCGUCCUCGAAUGCACGGGGAGAAGUCUUGAAGGAAAGGCGAGCAUUGUCUGUCGACGAUUGGACCUUGUCCACCACCCAGACGGUCAAUAAACAUACCAACGCAGUUCUGUGUAUCUCUCGUUUUCAGUUUCAUACCAUCGGUGUUUCGAUGAUCUGGUUGCGAACCUACUGCCGUCUCUAGACCUUUCCCUGCUGAGAACGUUCGUCAGGUGACAGGACUCAGUAAGGCUUUACUUCUCGGAUGAUAUAGAAAGGACGGACAAGUUGCUUUCCAUAUCCAAUGAAUCGCAGACAAGUACUGGGACUGUAUGAGAAGGUCGAGUUCCCUACACUCUUCACUUCGUCAUGUAUUGAUAGGCUUACAUUCUGCAGCAUUUUAUCGUCCUGAGUGCAAGUCGUAAAGCGCUUAUCAAACAGAAUGGAAUCGGGUGCACAUCAAGUAUGGCGUAUUUGCCACCGUGGUAAUGACAGAUGUAAUGGCGAGCAAUAUGAUCCGUGAACAAGAUGUGCGAGCUUUCUGCAGGCGGUGGUGUUACUCUGUCAGUCGUCUCUUGAAGGUUCUUAUCAGGCAGCUGCCUGAGGUUAUCGAAGUCAGAUCUCAACACCGGAAUCGAAUCUGGGCAUGGACUUGCGGAGAGCCUGCACUGCACGCUUUAGAUCGGUAUGGGAUGAACUAACGCUGUACAUGACUGUCAUACGUGGGAAACCCUCCAAUGACAAGUGUAUGGAUCUACUACCACGUAGAGCUCAAGCAGGGGCUGUACAAGUAAUAAUGACUCUCCACCUUCGAUUUUUGUCUCCAGAUUUAACCGCAUGUAGAGGGGCCCGCUCGGUGGAGUGGGUGUUGCGUGUUCGUCGGUCCAGAGUAAAUAGCCGGUGGACAGGAAAGACUGGCUUGUAAUUUCCUUGCAAUUGAGUGCAGAAUGCAAUCGAUGAGGUCUCAUGCCGCAGGUCGAGUAGGAGAUGGCUACUGACAGUGAAUUAGAUCUUAUUCUAAUCUGUUCGUACGAUGGUCUAGGAGAGUUUCGUGUAUGGAACUUAAGUCUCGAGCUACGAAUAGGCACAGCAGGGCAAAGAUUCGGACCUCUUUAUGAACAUCAGGGAAAGUGUGAGGCAACAUCAGAUGUCGUCAUCUUCUCACAUCGUCAUUCGGAGAACGCACUGAUUACACAUUCUGUUCUCGGUGAAGCAUUCUUUCUCGUGUUAUGAUAUAGGUUAAGAGAAGGACUUGGCAUCAUCCCGAACUUGGUCUAUGUGCUCCAAGGCCAAAGUACCUUCCCACUCCAAAUCUCGUCCUGUUUUGAUCUACAUGCGCAUCACAAUCUGAAGAUACACAUAUCUCUGCAUUUCUGUUUUCAAAGGGUAAGCAUAUUCUCGUGACAUCGGCUACUUGGAUUGGAUAGUUGGCAAGCUGUUGUCCAAGAUCACACAGAGGGAAUGUAUGCAGAAUGUAUGCAUCAUUGAAAACAGAAUGCACAAGUGAAACAUAGAGACGACUGUAUCAAAUUUUCUAAUUUCAUGUCACGUAGUUACACUAAUGAAAAAGUGACAAUAUUAAAUAACUUUGAAAAGUAUAACAGUUCUGAUCGAG